AUGCCCAUUAAUAAGUCUACCCCUCUCGGGCUAGGCGCCCUCUUCGGCCAGCUCGACGCUGUGGCCAUCGUGGCCAACGUGGGCACGCCCGAGGAUUGGCAAAGUACCUUCCGGCGGUGCGGAAUUCGGCUGGGCGUUAGUACGAUUAUAAUAUAUAUAUAUAUAUAUACCUUUUUUUAA